AUGCCUUCGAGAAGAAAAAUCCCUCAAGCUAAUGGUCCUCUUCUCGAUCAAGUAACUAAUGAGGAGUUUUGGACUGCUAUCACUAUGCUAGCUCAUAUAGUGGCCAACCAAGGAGUAAUGGCUCCUCCAAAUAUGAUCACACCAGCUUCAAGAGUUAGAGACUUCACAAGGAUGAACCCUCCCGAGUUCCAUGGUUUGAAAGGCAAUAAAGAUCCCCAAGACUUUGUUUAUGAGGUAUUUAAGAUCACGGAUAUUAUGGGGAUGUUUGCUGAGGAGAAGGAGAAGAUGGCGGCCUACCAACUUAGAGAAAUAGACAUAUCUCAGCUCAUGACCUAUGUUGAACAACUAGAAGGAGAGAAGCUGGAAGAAAGAAGGAUGAGAGAGUCCAAGAGGGCUCGUUUUGAAGAUGGAUCUUCUAAUGCUAAGACUAGUGAGGAUAAUGGCCAUUCUCAACAAGGCCAAAGAUUCCAAUGUCAAGGUUCCCCUCGAACUUCUGGCCAAAGUUUUGAUAAGUAUAGGGUGUCAUACCUUAAGGUCCAAGGUGGAGAUAUGAAUUCUAGUGGUACUACUCUCCUUACCUGUACCAAAUGUAAAAGGAAUCAUGGUGGUAGGUAUUUGAUGGGAACGGGUGCUUGUUUUGGAUGUGGUAAAAUGGAGCACAAGGUCUCCAAAUUCCCUAACAAGGAGAGAAAAAGACAUCCUCAAAGGCAAGCUACUCAAGGUGGACAAGCUCAAUAA